AUGCGCCAAUGGGGAUCAUCUCUGCAUCACAACGGCAUGUCGUUCUUCCUCGCGAGUGUUCCCGCCGGUACACAAUUCUACCACGGAACCUCCAAGGCCACUCCGGUGAACGGCACCGAGUGGUUAGCAUUCGAACCUGAGCAUGCCAUGGUCUUCGCACGCCCCCGACGCGGGCCCCCGCCACACCUGCCGUCCGAUGAUGAUGACACCGAGCCACAAGAUGGAGGCCACGGCGAGCUACGGAAGCGGGAACACCAUGACGCAGAGGAGAAACAUCAUGGCCCGCCAGGUGGUCGUCCACCCAAGAUAUUCGAUGAGAAUGAGUCCGGGUACUUGCAUACGUACGCUGCAGCCAAGGAUCUCCGUCUCUUGUAUCUCGAUGGUAUGUCUGCUGCCAAGACAUCGAAGGGAACGCUUGAUUCUCAGGAUGUGGUUUUGUUCAGCGGCGCGCUAGAUGAUUCUCCGAGUCGGGGUAAUGGACAGGAGAACGAACGUGCCAGACUGGCUUGCGAGAUGGCCGAGAAUGAAUGGGAAGGUCGCAUUGACGGUAUUCUGCGCAUGGAAGCUGGCUUUGAGAUUAUCUUGUGUGACUUUGAGCGCGAUCUAACUCCUGUGCGAAUUACGCAGGUCAAGCAGAACUCCGAGGGACAGCGUGGACCGAGGGGUAACCGUAAACAUGGUGACCGGGAUGGCCCUCACAAAGAGGGUGAUGACAAGCGCCACGACGGUCAUGGCCCGAGGAAGGAGGAUGAUGACGAUGGAAAGCGACACGGCCCCGGUGGUCCUGGUGGUCCUGGUGGUCCCGGUGGUCCUGGAGGCCCUCCCCACGGCGGACCCGGAGGCGGCCCUGACUCAUCGCGAUGGAUGCGCGCAAUCACCGCACGCUACAACGGAAUCGGUGGAAACCGAGUCUCCCUGAACUUCAACCACUUCGUGACUGCCUUCUCUCACAAUGUAGACCUUUUCCUCGACAAUUCAACCCUCCCUCGACUUGCCAGCCUCUCUGCUGGGAGUCGCGCUUUCCUCCGUGCCGAGGUCACAUCUAUGAUCUUGACGCAGAAUCCUGCCGAUGUCAGCGAGGACUGGCAGGCGAUUACGGAUAUGAUCGUGACGCGGUACAGCAAGGAGCUGUCAUACUUUAUUUCCGAAAGCAUUGAUUCAAUCGAGCAGCUGCAGUCCGAGAUUGAGCGUCUUCUGUCUCCGUUCAUUGAUUACAGUGAGCGUGAUGAUGUUGCUGAGAGUGAGCGUUGUGCGACUCAGUUCUUGCCGUCGGGAUCUUUGAAAAGUGGAGUUCUUGCGGCGCAGGCUGUUCACGGUGUUGCCCACAAAAUCUGCUCGUCUUUGAUUGAGGCUGGGAAGGAAAAGAACCUCGAGUCUGCGGUUCAGGUUGUUCAGGAUCUGAUUGCUUAUCUGGAUUGGGCGACGUGGAAGGAGUGCAGUGGCUGUGCGGCGAAUGAGAUUUGUGUCGUGCCUAUCUGGCCUAUGGGUACGGUCCAGGACUAUGAGAACCCUCAGUGCAAGGACGCAUCAAACCCAUACGAUCGGGGUGGAGAGAGUUACUGGGGUGGAAUGCGCCACUGA